CAUUGUUGAUUGUCAGCUUUCUGUAAUUUUCUGUAACGUACCAUAACUUAUUCUCGGGUUAAUUUAUUGUUACAGAUGCCUUAGUUAAUUUACGAUACUACUUGAGUCUGAGUAAAAUUUAUUGCAUUUAUAAGUAGUAAAUAAUUAAUUUAAAAUGACGUAAUUGUGUUCAACGUGUGUCGUACUUUCAUUCAACCCCUCCCGAUGAAAAGUGCAUAACCUAGAUUUUACUCGUUUUUAAACAUGCAGACUUAUUUCUCUUUAACCGACACUUAUUAAUAGACUCAAAGUAUUUGAUCAAGACAUUGAAAUUCUUGCUGACAUAGUAAUAUGGUAGGAGGUAACAUUUUGCUAACCCCAGCAAAUCCAAUUGUAGGCCAUCCUCCUCAUUAUCUGCAUGAACUACCUCAAGAAGAUGAAGAAAGGCUGGAAAAACUAUUCAAGACAUUAGAUCUGGAUGGAAAUGGAAAAAUUGAUAUUCAUGAUCUGUCUGUUGCUCUCAAAGAGUUCGGUGUCCAUCAGAGAUAUGCAGAGAAAUUCCUGGAGAGGUCCGACUCCAACAAAAGUGGGGACAUUUCUCUGGCAGAAUUUAUUCAUUACGUAAGAGAGCACGAGAAGAAUCUCAGGCUGGGAUUCUCACAUAUUGAUAAGAACAGAGAUGGCAAGAUUGACUUGGAGGAACUUAUAAGAGCAUUCAAAGAGCUUGGUGUGGAAAUAGACAGCUAUGAGGCGAAGAAUCUUCUCCAGAGAAUGGACCAGGAUGGCAGUUUGGAGAUCAGCUUCAACGAGUGGAGAGACUUCCUGCUCUACGCUCCGUCAACUGACAUCCAUGAGCUCAUAUUCUACUGGAGACACUCGACUUACUUGGACAUCGGAGAGGACCUGAACGUUCCAGAUGACUUCACACAGAAGGAGAUGUCGACGGGGAUGUGGUGGCGGCAUCUGGUGGCGGGUGGCGUGGCGGGGGCCGUCUCUCGUACCUGCACUGCGCCCCUGGACAGGGCUAAAGUGUACCUACAGGUACACGGCACCAGGAAGACCUGCAUUAGAACUUGUAUCAAGAACAUGAUCAUGGAGGGAGGGCCAUGGAGCAUGUGGCGGGGAAAUGGUAUCAACGUACUCAAGAUCGCCCCGGAGAGCGCCCUCAAGUUCAUGGCGUACGAGCAAGUGAAGAAGUUCAUCCGUAACAACAGCAACAACAAGGAGUUGACUAUUCACCAGAGGUUCAUGGCUGGCUCGGUGGCCGGAGGCUUCAGUCAGACCGUCAUCUACCCGUUGGAGGUGUUGAAAACUCGCUUAGCAUUACGGAAGACAGGCGAGUACAAGAGCAUCAUGGAUGCAGCCAAGAAGAUAUUCAAGAAUGAGGGAUUGAAGAGCUUCUACAGAGGUUAUAUACCCAACAUGUUUGGAAUUAUUCCUUACGCGGGAAUCGAUUUGGCUUGUUAUGAGACGCUGAAGAACAACUAUCUGAAGAAGCAUUUGGACGAAACACCGAGUCCGUUGUUGUUGUUGGCUUGUGGUACGUGUUCCAGCACGUGUGGACAGGUCUGCAGCUACCCGCUGGCGCUCAUCAGGACUAGGAUGCAAGCUACUCCCAACAACAAACACACGAUGGUCACUCAGUUCAAGGAGAUUGUACACAGCGAGGGGCUGGUGGGAUUGUACCGAGGCAUCACCUUGAAUCUCCUCAAGGUCGCGCCAGCUGUCAGCAUCAGCUACAUCGUCUACGAGCAUUGUCGUCAGACGCUCGGCGUCAACAUGACGUGACUUGUCUGCCGUCUCGAGCAUCCUGUGAUCCACGCAUUAGGCUGUUUUCAUUUUAAGCAUCUUUCAAAUUAUCCGGCCGGAGUUUGCGAUUCGUAAUGUCUAGCGGUCGGCGAUCCCGAUAUUUUCUAAACUUCUUGGAGACUAGGAGUAGCUUACGUACUUAUCGCAGUGUUUUUCGAAGCUUAAGUAUAUCCUUCCCGGCUGCGACGUGUUUUAAUUACGCGACAAACGUUUUUAAUCCAGAAUGUCGAGAGGAAUACAGGGAGAGAAUAUUUAUUUUAGCUGUAAGUUUUGUUUUUAUUACUUAAAACUAGAUUUUUUCGGCGUUUGUAAAUAAUUAGUGGUUUUUUAAAUUGAUAAUUUAUUGUUAACGUUAUUAAAUAAUUUUGUACAGUAUUCAAGGGCUCACCAUUCCUCGUUUGAAGAAAAGACGUUUUUGUUCUUCUAGAGUCUAGUCUUUUGUGAAUGUGCUCUCCGUCUAUUUAUAAUUUUUUAUAUUCGUGUGUUGUUGGAAUCAUACUUUGAAAAAGUUCUAUAGGUGAUAAAAUUCCAUAAAACUUCCAGCUGCAUUCACAAAUCACUGGUGUUUUUAUUUUCAUACAAAUCCAACAUGAGUGGAACUCGGUUUGUUUGUCUAGGUUUAUAAGUAAAAGUUUAUAUUUGAUUUUGUCGUUUUUGAAAGAGGGUGGAACUCACAAAGCAAUGUUUACAGCACUUUCAGUAUUAUGCUUUGGCCCACUUUUAAACUCUCUGCAUUUUACAUGUAACCAAAAAAAUAUAAUUUAUUGUUUGUGUUUACUGGUAUUUUCAUGUCUUUUUCUAGGUCACAUAAUAUUUAAUGUGAAUGACCUGUCCAUUUACCAUAUACUAUGAUCUGUGUUGUUAAAAAAUAUUACAACUGUUUAAAACUCAAAUAUACCAAACUUUAAAGUUCA